GGUAAUCGCCACGUCGUCCUUGCCGUUUCCUCACCAUCACUCACCUUCAAUAACAUCUCUCUCGACCAGUCUGACGUCGGGCUAAUCGCUCGCAGCGAUGCCAGUAAAUCCAGUACUGCGCCAAAGGGCAAGGGCUGUCGCUACCUCAAUCAAUUCCCAUCGCAUUCUCCUCUAUGGCACGCUCUCUACUGUCGCGGUCUGUGCCGCCGUCGCCAAUGCUUUAAAGAACUACAGCAACUUCUACUCUGUCGCGAUAUAUCUAUCCAAAAGCAGCCGUAGUGUUCUUGUUUUCGCAAACUUUGCGUUCAUUCUCGCCUUGUUGUGCGGUCAUGUACUUCAGAAGGUAUUCUUUGGUAGUUUGAGGCCAAAUGAAAUAGAACGUCUGUACGACCGCCUUUGGUUCUUCGUGACGGAAUCACUUCUGGCAUUCACCAUCUUUCGCGAUGAAUUCGACGCUCCUUUCGCUACCAUGUUUGGGUUCCUCCUGUUUGUCAAGUCAUUCCAUUGGUUGGCCAGUGAUCGUAUCGAGUGGAUGGAUCAACGCCCGUAUCCGGGGCCGUCGUUACUCUUCCACGUUCGGAUGUCAACUUUGUUCGUGAUAUUAUGGACGACAGAUUUUUUCAUGCUGCUGUUUGCGGUCGAAAACACGCUCGAAUACGGCGUGGGAGGCAUGGUUCUUUUUGCAUGCGAGUACGGCAUAUUGAUGGCCAGCGUCGCGAAUUCUAUCGCCAAGUAUGUCUUGUCGGCUUAUGAUUUCCGAAGAGCGGGCGUCCAUGGGGGAGAGAAUGCUCCUCCCUGGGAGCAGAAAAGUAUGUGGACUUUCUACAUCGAAUUGAUCACUGACUUCAGCAAAUUGACGACCUAUCUCUGUUUCUUUGCCAUCAUUCUCACCUUUUAUGGCCUCCCGUUGAACAUCGUACGGGAUAUCUACUUUACAGCGCGCUCCUUCGUGACUCGCUUAAGAGCCCUUCAUCGGUAUCAAACUGCGACCAGAAAUAUGGAUCAGAGAUACCCAAACGCUACUCAGGAAGAACUAUCUUCAACCGAUCAUACAUGUAUUAUUUGUCGCGAAGAGAUGACACUUCCACAGACUCCAACAGGGCCUGCACCUGAAGGUCCUAACAUGACACCCAAGAAGCUACCGUGUGGUCAUAUAUUUCAUUUUCAUUGUCUACGGUCUUGGCUGGAGCGGCAGCAGAGUUGUCCUACUUGCCGUCGCACUGUCCUGGAAACAAAUCCUCCAGGUGUUCAGGGCGGGAGAGAUCGCAGGACUCCUGGUGUACAGGCGCAAAGAAAUGCUCCUGCGCCCAAUCGUAACAAUGCAGCAAACAAUGGCGCCGGUAAUACGAUGGACAUGCUACGCCGCCUACUCAAUAACCCAAACGCACCGAAUCGGCCUCUAGAUGCUGGUAAUCACGCGGUAAAUGUGGUUAUUCAGUAUGACAUCCAUAACUAUCCACCCCAAAACACUGCCAAUCAGCGCGAUCAGCCACCAUCGCAGCCACGACCUUUGCACCCCCCUCCGCAAUUUGUGGGCUUUUAUGGUCCCGGCGGUGUAUGGCAGCCAUGGCCUGAGCAUGUUGCCCCAGAAGCCACCCAAAAUAACGCCUCUGGUGCAUCGAAUUCAGCGUCAACUUCAUCUACUGAGCCUGAGCGCGCGACCAAUAUCUCCGCUUCAACGGCAUCUAAUGUUUCAGCAGCGUCUUCAGGUGAUGCCCCAGUCCUGUCUCCAACGGAUGCCCCCCUGCCGUCGUCAGAGUCAAUAAGCCCCAGUGAAGCUGCUGCGCUCGCCGCCCUUCGGCGGUUGAAUCGCAAGGAUCCAUCACAUGAUAGGGCUCCCAGCACAAGGUCUGAUUCUUCCUCUUCCUCUUCUUCAAUGUCAAGCUCUACAUCGGAGAGCAGUGACGGAGAAACAUCACGAAUCAACGAAUCCCAUCCUACCUCGCACGCUACUUCAACAGCACACGUCGGUGUCCCUUCAUUAAUACCUCUUGAUUACAUACAUUCGGAAUCCGGAUCAGUACCCAGGCCACCACUAAACUCACAAGGUCGCAACCCUGGUCGGCCCUUCAACGAGAUACCAAUCUCACAAUUACCUCCCACGUUGACAGAAGACCAGUUGGCUGUUCUGGACACGGUUACAAGGGAGGCUAUCGAUGAGCGGAUACGCAUCCUUGAAGGAGUAUCGGGUGCAGUUUAUCGGUGUAUUGACGAACUUAUGCGAGUGCGGAGUGCACUUCCUCCGCUACCAACCACCACACCUACACCCACAACGUCGACUACAGCAGGUAAUGGGACCACAGGAAGGGAAGAAGAUUCCAACGAGUAAGAAGGGUUUCAAUAUUAUAUAUUUGAAGUGUACACAUAGUCAUGCAAUGGAUGUCAUUUUCGGAC